AAUGUAACUGCACCGUUUUAGACACUCAGCAUCAGGCUUCAAGUGGCGCUGAGCUGGAAUGUCUGGAUCGUGUCAUCAGAGAGACUGCGGACACUGAGCUGUGCGCCAGUGCCAUCCCUGCCCUGGGGGACAGAGGGACCCGGGUGAGGUGAGGUAGAGGAGGGGUGGCGGGCUCCUCCAUCUCUACCGCUUCCUUGUCGUCUGACUACGAGUAUAUACUUUGAAGCGGCUUCUCCAGUCAUGGACGACGGGCCGAGCUGUGUGGAGAUACCGGCGUUGGCUCUCCAACGCCUCAAGGACCUGAUUAUAAAGCCGUCACGGGGCAAGGAUUUCAAAGAGAAACGGGACGAAAGUAAAUACGUGGAUUGGGAGACACUCGACGCUAAAAGAGCUGCGGGGAAAGGAGGUCGAUUUGGGGCGACGCUUGGCCAGAGCGGUGCCGGAGCGCCGUGCGUAACGGCACAAACCCGGGACUUGGCGAUUAAAAGUGAGACUGAAACUAAGGCGAGGAAGGAUCCUGUGGGUGAGAAAAGCUCCGGUGCCGUAGAGGUGGGUCCCACUGAUUUCUCAGCAGUUCCUCCUUCUAUUAUCUCCCAGUUGGAGGGCUGUUGUUUCAAAGCCACCAACAAACGCGACAUCGCCUUUACGCGACCAGAGAAGAAGAAGAAAACACAACCUGGAGAAGAAUCAAACAGCGGUGGUCAUUAUCUGAGCUGGAGAGGUGAGUCUGAUGACUACGAGGAGCAGGAGGAAGAGGAGCAGGAAGAGGAGGAGGAGGAGGAAGGGGUCCGUUUGGUGCAUUCAAGUGAUGGCAGCGCGCCGUGCGCGACGGAAGACGAGUCCCAUUACAUUACGACGCACGAGAUCCUGCUAAGCGAGCUGUCGGACCAAGAGGGCGACUAUGAGGCCGGGGCCGACUCCUCCUCCUCCACCGGCUGGGACUUGGAGGAUGACAAUCGGGUGUACACCUUCGUGGAUUACGCGCCGUCGGACGAUGACCAUGGGAUAUUGGAGUGGCGCGGGGGGGAUGCCGUGCGGCGCGAGGGCGCAGCAGCGGUCAGCACUCUGCUGGAAAGUGAUCUGCGCGAUGUGGCCAAAACGAACAGCUCAGAUGGGAGCGUGUCACAGGCUCAGCAGCAGCAACAGCAGCAGGAGCAGCCGGAGCAGCAGCAGCAGAGCAAUGGUGGGGGACAGAUCCACCUGUCAAUCACGGCCACUUCUCGCGCUAUAAAUGACACGGGCAGCAUCCAAGAGCAGGGAAAUAUUCUGUAUCAUGCCACACGCUCCGCAGACACAAGUGGAGUUGAUGGGAAGGCAGGGACGCAGGGUGACGGGGCGCAUUGUUUGGUCGCCGCACCCGGACGCCUUCACUUUGGGGGCAAACUGAGAGGCAAGGAGGUCACCGGCUACUCCAGUUGCGCGUCCAGCGAGCUGGACGACGCAGACAAGGAGGUGCGCAGUCUGACAGCCAAAGCCUUCAAGAGUCUGGCCUAUCCUUACUUGGAUGCCAUCAGCUUCAGCACCUCCAGCGAGUCCUCUCAGUCAGAGCGCGGCAUCAACAGGUGGUCCACGUUAUUCGACCUGAAAUAUGGCAACGUGAACGUGGCGCAGGGACUGGACCAAAGCGUGAUUCCACGCCAGGAUGUCAUAAAGGCAUCCGACAUCCCCGGCGGAAACGUAUUCACCCUGAGCGGGGACCCUCGCGGCGCGUCAUCGUCGAAGAAAAUAGAGCUGAUGGGCAAAUUCAGCCAGAGCCACAGUGGCGUGAUUACACUGACGGAGACUCUGAAUUUUAGGUGCAAUGUCCAAUCAGGAAUGUCUGGCGGGGAAAGACGCACGAACUUCGCGCAAAUCGCUGCGGGAUCACGUUCCGCAGAUGAAGUUACCAACAGUUUGUCAAGCGCGCAGAGACGAGCGGCCAGCAAGCCGCCCUCUGCAGCCAUGGAGGACGCACACAAAAAGGCGAUCUUUGCCUCCAGUCUCAUCCAAAAUGUCAUUUCGAAAAAGAUGCAGUUUGAGAAGGAGCGCAAGAUGGAGAGGGGGGAGAUCCGCGAGCCGCCCCCUCCGUGCUUUACGCACCAGGAGAGCGACGGCUGCAGGGGGAGUAAGGGCGGCUGCAGCAGCGGCAGCAGCAGCAGCGCGGAGCUGCACAGGCAGAGCUCCAGGUUUUCAGAGAGCAGCUCUGACUACGCCAUAAUGUGUGUGGAUGAACUGGGGGACAUUGUGGACAGCGCCCCCUGUGCCCCGGGGGGGCGCGAGCCUGCGGCCGCUCGCGCACCAGACACUAAUUUGGAGCCGCCGGCGAACGAGGCAGGAAUUGAUGCUAAAAAAGGCGCAUUGGAAGCGUCCAAAAGCACGCUGCUCCGCAGCCAGAAUAGCGCCUUCAGAUGCUGGAGGGAAGACGAGCUAGAGUUUCAGAAGGAUCGUAAAAGCGAUAAAACCCAGCAGGACAAGACGCCGUCGGCUGGUGACACAGCGGCACAGGGGGAUCGUGAGUGCGCGGCGGACAGCGGCAAAGCCACGAAAAUGUCGCAUUUGUUUGUGCCAAGUAUCCAACUGCAGCACAGUGACGGAGAAGAGGAACAGCUGCAGGACAGAGAUUCGUCGGCAUGCGGCGACGAAGGAGACCUCAAAGUGCGUCCCGUCAACGCUCUGUACGUCGCGGACUCGAGGUGCGUCGCGACGUCCAAAUCUCCGGAGAUUAAAAUCAAUUUGAGGUGCGUCAGAGACAAAAAGGCCGAGCCGUUUGGCGUCUCCAAGCUGCGCGCUCCAAAUAUAGGCUGCAACGUCGACUGCAAAAGCCAGGCGCUGGCCGCAGCUCUGAAGGGCGAGUCCUCUGACAAAGUGCCGCAGUUUAUGGUCAGGGACAUCAGGGAUAACAAAGGCAAACUGCAGACGCCGAUUCACCAAGUGAGAGACGUGCGUAAACUGGUCAAAAGCUCCUAUCACUUCGUUUCUCUGGAUAACAACGACGUGAAACCGAGCUGCGAGGGUCACGCUGAGCAGAAGAAGCAAAUGUCGACGCGAAAUCCCAAUUCUGUUUCGCCCAUAGUGAUUAAAUGCCAGUCUGUAAACACUAACAGCAAUGCAAAGCAAUGUGGCAAUUUCGAUUCACCCAAAAGCGAAACGCUGGAAGUGGACAGGUUGUCGCCAGAGGGAGCCAAAAACGUCUCGCUGGAAUGGACAGCAGGGAGAGCAACGGUAAAUAAUAGCACGGAUAUCAGCGUGGGAUCGAAAAUCGAGAGUAGGCUAGUUUCAAAUAAUGCUGCAGACAAGAAGAGUGAACCCAGUCUGGUGAACCAAGUGGCCUUGGAGAAAAUCCAGGCGGCUGUGAAGACGAUGGAGCAGCUGUAUGUGUUUGAGAAAAAUGAAUGGAAACGAAAGAACGAGCCCCAGCUGCUGACAGACAGCCACGUUCUGUCACUCUUAGCCAAUGAGGUGAACAUGGCACCUGACGACGACGACAGAGCCAGAGUGUUCCACAACACGGACAAGGCCUUCAGACAACGCUCCUAUUCUGACAAGAUGCCACCGGCAGCGUCGGCAGCACCGGGGACAUCGCCACCUAGUGGUGAGAACCUGCUCAGGAGGGAGGACGUUCUCAGGGACUUUCAGACAUCCGGUGGUUGCGAUGACCGACUCUUUACUAAGAUGCAAACGUCCGGCUGCAAAAAUGUCUUCAGCCUGAGCUCCAGCCUUAAGACGUCAGCCACAGCCACCAAGGUGACGCAGCCCAGCGCCGUCACCCACACUCCUCUCAGCACCAAAACGUUUCUUCCGAAAUCACCCAAAUUGCCCAUGUCGUUGAAAAUCAGCCACCCAAGGGUGAUCCGGAACGAUGGCGCGGAUCUCAAGGAGGCGGAUAGAUCUUUCCAGGACAAUGAGAACUAUCUGACAAUUCCAGUCAAGUCCCACACAAGCAGUGGCAAACAUCCUCCGUCUGCCGACAAGUCCUCCGUGUUUACGUCCUCCACGCAGUCGCGACCAACUACUCCACCAGGACGGGCGCUGUCCAACGCCAAGGCUCAGGAAGACAACAUCCAGGGGCCCAAACGCUGUAGCAUCGUGAUGGAAACCCAGCCCAGCCCCCCAGAGAUCCCUCCCGCUACCAUCUACCACUCCGUGCCAUUGGGCAUGACGGCCAAUCAGCCACAGGUGUACUGCUUCUCCCCAGCGAUCACACCUGCACCCACCAUCGACCCAUUUCAGGUCACGCAGAGAAGAAUGCUCCUGGAUCCCACCACGGGAAACUACUACCUGGUGGACACUCCGGUACAGCCGGCCACCAAGCGUCUCUUCGAUCCGGAGACGGGACAAUACGUGGACGUGCCCAUGCCCCAGCCUCCCAUGACCCCUAUGCCCAUGUCAAUCUCACCUUUGGCUCUCGGUUCUGGAGCGUAUGGACAAACCUACAUGAUUUACCCGGGCUUCAUGCCCACAACCCCGUUGAUACCCGCCCGGACACUGGUGCAGCCGCAGGUGGCGAUGCAGUCGGAGGUGGAGAGUGAGCACAAGGCGUCGUCACGGCAGAGCGAGGGCGCGUACAUGGAGAGUCCCUUUUACAUGUCCACCGGAAGGUCUCAUCAGGAGGCCUCCGCCGCUCAACAACAGGCCGCCCCGGGCAGGCAGCUGCAGGGAUUCAAGCAGCCAGUCAUCAGCAUCACGUCCCAGCAGGGGCCGAGGAUCAUCGCUCCACCUUCCUUUGAUGGAACCACCAUGAGCUUUGUGGUGGAGCACAGAUGAACAGCAGCCGUUCGAGUGAGUCCUUCCCUGUCUCUGCACACGAGUGAUGAACUCUUGGUUGAAGAAGCUCCACUCUGGUCUCUUCUAUCCAGAGAAAACCUUCCACCCUGUUUCACUUCUUCCUAUAUAAUGUGUUCAAGUUCAGUGGUUGUCUAGUGGUUGUCUCUUAUUCCAGAGAUUUGGAAUAAAACUACAGGUGCACUGGUACUGAGAACCAGCUUCGAUGAAAACGUAACUGCAACAAGAUAACACCAGAAUCCAUCCAAAACCAUUCUGUGUAAAUCAAAAAAAGAUAAACAGGUCCUUCUUUGUCCACUUAGCUAAAUUUGGAUUUUUUUUUUUUUUUGCACGGGUGAGCAAUAUUUCCAGAUUAAGAAACGGUACCAUAAAAGCUUUUGAAUGCUUGUUUUCUAGACAAAACUCAAACUCAUUUUUUGUUUAUUUUGCUGUGGCACA